UUUGGGGUCCCCAUGGGGUGUUUGGGGACCCCUAUGGGGUAUUUGGGGGCCAUUCAGGCCUUCCCGCCUCCUUUGGGGCGGGGCCUGAUUUGGCCCCGCCCCUUCCCACCAGCCCACGCCCCUUUCGGGCCAGCCCCACCCCUUCCUUCUGCAUCUAUUAACAUUUAAAGGGCAAGCACCCCCCGGCCCUUGCCCCUUUAAGAGGGCGGGGGCGUGUCCUGGAGUAUCCCCACCCCUUCGGGGGUGACGUAUGGCGGGGCGGGGCCGGGGGCGGGGCUUGGCUGCCGGACGCGGGCAGCGCCGGAUCCAUCCCGCAGAGCCCCCCCGCGAGCGGCGGCUGCGGGUGGACGGGGCGCCGGCCGCGCUGGUGCUCUACGACGACGACGAGGAGGUGGGGGCGUGGCCUAUGCUAAUGCGGCGGGCGGGGCGGACGCCGUCCUGCUGGUGUUCUCGGUCAGCGACCGCGACUCCUUCGCGCGGCUGGGCCGGCGGGCGCGGGGGCUGGGCGGGGGGGGGCCCCCCCCCCCUCGCCGCCCCCCUCAUCCUCGUCGGCAACAAGAGCGACCUGGCCCGCGCCCGGCAGGUGACCCCCCGCGAGGUGCGGGGGCUGGCGGCCGUCCUGGGCUGCCGCCACCUCGAGACCUCGGCCGCCCUCCGGCACCGCACCGAGGAGCUCUUCGAGGCCGCCGUCCGCCAGGCCCGGCUCCACCGGCGGCGCCGACGCCGCGAGGAAGAGGAGGAGGAGGAAGGCGGCGAGGAGGGGGAGGGCGGCGACGCCCCGCCCCGCCGCCGGCGCAGCCUCACCGGCCGCGCCAAGCGCUUCUUCGCCGGCCUCGUGCCGCUGGCCCGGCAGCGCUCCAAGUCCUGCAGCGACCUCUCCGCGCUCUGAGGGCGCUGGCCCUUUAAGGGCGGGGCGCCGCACCCACCCCUCCCCCCCACACACACACCGGGGGGCACGGCCCCUUUAAGAGGCAGGUGGCCCUGCUUUGCAAGUGUGGCCUUGCCCCUUUAAGAGCAUUGCCCCUUUAAGGGGCGGCAUUGCCCUUUGAAGGCUGUCCUUUACCGCAGGGUGGGCCCCGCCUCCGUUUGCAUGGCACUGUCCCUUUAAGACCCGGCUGGCCCCGCCCCUCCAGCGGCCCCGCCCC